UACCGCGCGCCGCCACCCCCGAUUUAUCGCCCGCAUACAACUUCUGUCUGUUGAGCCUCACUGUUCACUGACGGCAUCACGACACCCACCCAGUCGCAUUUUGCCGGUCGAACACAGUGAACGUGUUAAGUCCACUCUACACCAAAAAAUCUAGAUCUCUUAACAAUGGCCUGCUCAGUCAGUGAUUCCCCCUCCCUCAAGGACCUCCCCAAGGUCGCCACUGAUCUCAAGAGCCAGUUGGAAGCGUUCAACCCCAGCUGUCUACGGGAUGUUGACACUAAUGAAAAAAUCGUGCUACCAUCAGCCGAAGACGUUGCAAAAGAAAAGCUGCACUCAGCACUCCUCCACGACGUAGAGCAAUUUCAGACAUCCUCUCUAAAGAAAACGGACACCGUAGAAAAAAUUGUCUUACCCAACGCCAUAGAUGUGGCAACUGAAAAAACUCAAAAGUCCCUAUUUGACGGUAUUGAAAAGUUCGAUUCCAGCAUGCUGAAGCACACGGAAACACAAGAGAAGAACCCGCUUCCUGAUAAAGAUGUUGUCGCAGCGGAGAAGGCACACCAGAACCUUCUAGAAGGGGUGGAACACUUCGACAAGACACAAAUGAAACAUACAACAACGGAAGAGAAAAAUCCAUUGCCGCCUGUUGAAGCCAUUGAAGCCGAGAAGGAGAAGAACAAGUUCUUGAACGGCAUCGAGAACUUCGACCCAACUAAGCUGAAGCACACGGAGACCUGCGAGAAGAACCCCCUGCCCACCAAGGACAUCAUCGAGCAGGAGAAGACGGCCUGAACUGCCAAUAUUUAACGCAACUAUAUAUCGCUAGUAUCGCCGUAUUUUAGACUCGAUAUAAGUUUUGUAAGGCCAGGUGACAUAGCCCGCGUGCAACAACUC